ACGCCCUCUGCCUCCCCUGUAUAAAAGAAACUCGGAGAGCUAGACGUCUCAAUCAUUUGACAAGAUGAACUACAAGGUGUUGAGUCUCGUGCUGCUGCUGGCCGCUGUUGCCAAGGCCCAGUUCCCGUGCUCGGCGUACCAGUGUGAGGAUGAAGAGCUGUGUCUCCCCACCCGUUAUGUGUGUGACGGUGAACCUGACUGUGUCAGUGGUGACGAUGAGGUCGACUGUGAGUACUGCCGUGACGGGUUUUUCAAGUGCCCGUCGAGCGAAUUCUGUAUCGUGGAGCACUACGUAUGUGAUGGCUUAGGAGACUGCCCUAACUCUGACGACGAAGCUAACUGCACUUACACCACCGCACCUGUGUGUGAACCGGAGCAGUACCAGUGCUUCGACGGCCUCUGUAUUGACGAGCAGUUUGUAUGUGAUGGCAUCGUAGACUGCUACAUGGCGGACGACGAACAGGAGUGUCAGGAAUGUAAGGAAGGUUAUCACUGCCAGAACGACCUCUGUAUACCCGACAUUUAUCUCUGUGACGACUACGAGAACUGUAUUCGGGGAGAGGACGAGAAGUUCUGUCCCUGCGACCCGACUGACUUCAUCUGUACCGACGGUGACUGUAUCCCAGAACAGUAUCGCUGCGACGGCUACUAUGACUGCUUUGGAGGUAGUGACGAGGAGAACUGUGGCGUGUCAGAGUCACCCAUCUCCAGCGACACUGCUCCAAGAAGGACCCACGACACUGCUCCAAGAAGGACCCGCUCACAGUCCCACUUACUUCGCAAGCUGAGGACUAUGGGUACUGCCUAAAAUCUCCUUCUCCCUCUCCCUAUCAUAAACAACAUCUAUAGAAACUGAUUCUAAUUCUUCACCAUUCGUACAUAAUUUGUUAGCGGGGAUUAGCCCCAUUUAUAAAACACAGACGUAGUAAUUCACAACAUGCUAUAGCCAGUUUGGCUCAGCGCGAAGAACCGGUAGGAAUUUUAAAGUAUACCACGGCAUUCUUACGACCGAUGUUACCGCUGCUGAUGUAAUAGUGUUCUUAGAAAAUGAUGAGUGAAGACUGAAAGUUAUUGUUUGAAGCUUUCUAAAAUACUGAUCACAAACCAGUUAAAGAAAAUUACAAUAUAAUCUUAACUAUAAAAAAGUUGCAUUCUAGCUAGUUUGUUUGUUUGUUUCAUUGCACCUUCAGGAAUAAAACUGUUUUGUGAUCAUCCUUAGACAAGAUGAUAACAUUUCCUUAAUAACACAUGAUAACUCUGAACACGGGUUCUUUUACCAAUUUCUUUGUUUAUUUUUCAUACAUUAUAAACCCAGAGCUAAUUUAUGAGGUUUACCUUUGAUCUGUCCACGUUUCGUUCAUUUUAUGAUUUGGAACUAGAAUCUGUAUUACGAUUUAUGGAAAAUACUUAAUAAAGCAAGUUGCAGCAAUGAU